CUGAAGUGGCAAUGGGCUGGCCAUAUAGCUCGAAGAACCGACAACCGAUGGGGAGAAAAGUUUCUCGAGUGGCGGCCUCGUACCGGCGGACGAAGUAUAGAGCGUCUCUCCACUAGAUGGUGUGACGACCUGGUAAAACAUGCAGGAAAUCGAUGGAUGCAGGUGGCUCAGAACCGUGCUUCGGUUUCGCGCAAAAACAUAAAAAUCCUAAUACGCGAGCGAAGUCGCGGGAAACAGCUAGUCGGUAAAUAA